CAGGAAGUGGGAGGAGAGGCGGCUCCAGGCUGUCUGGCCGGGGCCUGCAGCCGUUUUUCGUGGAGUGGCCGCAGCCGCUGGGGAGAUGGAGGGUCCAGCUCCAGGCUCGCAGUGCAGGAAGCACAGCCAUGGCCCCCACGCUCCAGGAUUUGGUCGGCAUGGAGUCUGUGAACAUGAGAACAAGGAACUUGCCAAGGCGAGAGAAGCUCUUCCUCUUAUAGAGGACUCUAGUAACUGUGACAUUGUAAAAGCUACUCAAUACGGGAUUUUUGAACGAUGUAAAGAGUUGGUAGAAGCAGGAUACGAUGUCAGGCAACCAGACAAAGAAAACGUAUCGCUUCUUCAUUGGGCUGCUAUUAACAACAGACUGGAUCUUGUAAAGUUUUAUAUUUCAAAAGGUGCUGUGGUAGAUCAGUUAGGUGGAGAUUUAAAUUCAACUCCUCUUCACUGGGCCAUCAGACAGGGGCAUUUACCUAUGGUCAUAUUAUUGCUGCAGUAUGGUGCAGACCCCACUCUCAUCGAUGGAGAAGGAUUCAGCAGCAUCCACCUGGCAGUAUUAUUUCAACACAUGCCCAUUAUAGCGUAUCUCAUCUCAAAAGGACAGAGUGUGAAUAUGACAGAUUUAAAUGGGCAGACACCUCUCAUGCUUUCAGCUCACAAAGUACUUGGGUCAGAACCAACUGGAUUUCUUUUAAAAUUUAAUCCUUCUCUUAGUGUGGUUGAUAAAAUACACCAAAAUACUCCACUUCACUGGGCAGUUGUAGCAGGAAAUGUUAAUGCAGUUGAUAAACUUCUGGAAGCUGGUUCUAGUCUGGAUAUCCAAAAUGUUAAGGGAGAAACACCUCUUGAUCUGGCUCUCCAAAACAAAAAUCAGCUCAUUAUUCACAUGCUAAAAACAGAAGCCAAAAUGAGAGCCAACAAAAAGUUCAGACUUUGGAUAUGGCUGCAGAAAUGCGAGCUCUUCCUGCUGCUGGUGCUUUCUGUGAUUACCAUGUGGGCUGUUGGAUACAUUUUGGACUUCAAUUCAGAUUCUUGGCUAUUAAAAGGAUGUCUUCUAAUAGCAUUGUUUUUUCUGACAUCUUUGUUUCCAAGGUUUUUGGUCGGAUAUAAGAGCCUUGUGUACAUACCAACAGUUUUUCUGCUAAGUUCCAUUUUUUGGAUAUUUGUGACUUGGUUCAUCUUGUUCUUCCCUCAUCUGGCAGGCACCCCGUUCUAUUUUAUUUUCAUUCUCAGCAUAAUGGGCUUUCUCUACUUUUUCUACAAGACUUGGGCAACUGAUCCAGGCUUCAUUAAAGCUUCUGAAGAAGAAAGGAAAACCAAUAUCAUCACCCUUGCAGAGACUGGCUGUCUGGACUUCAGAACUUUUUGUACAUCAUGUCUUAUAAGGAAGCCAUUAAGGUCACUCCAUUGCCAUGUGUGCAACUCCUGUGUCGCUCGCUAUGAUCAACAUUGCCUGUGGACUGGGCGGUGCAUAGGUUUUGGCAACCAUCACUAUUACAUUUUCUUCUUAUUUUUCCUUUCUGUUGUGUGUGACUGGAUUAUAUAUGAAUGUUUCAUCUAUUGGUCAAAUCGUUGUGCCACAACAUUCAGAGAAGAUGGACUGUGGACCUACCUUAAUCAGAUUGUGGCCUGUUCACCUUGGGUUUUAUACAUAUUCAUGCUAGCAACUUUCCAUUUCUCAUGGUCUACAUUUUUAUUAUUAAAUCAACUCAUUCAGAUUGCUUUCCUCGGCUUGACCUCCUACGAGAGAACCAGUCUGCUGAAGCAGAGCAGGCAUAUGAAACAGGCUCUGUCUGUCAGGAGGACCCCAUACAACCUUGGGUUCUCACAGAACCUCGCAGAUUUCUUUCACUGUGGCUGCUUUGGCUUGGUGAAGCCCUGUGCAGUGGAUUGGACGUCACAAUACACCAUGGUCUUUCACCCAGCUAGGGAGAAAGUCCUUCGCUCAGUAUGAAGAAAAGCAAUCCCAAACUCUCCCCCUGAUGUGUUUAUGUUUAUGUUGAUGCCCUAUGGUCUGCAAAUAAAGUGAAGAUUUAUUAGAGUUCACCUAAGCCCAAAGGAAAACACAGGUUGGUAAAAACAGUUCUUGAUAAAGGCAUUAGCCUUCUUUAGAUUUAGCAAGAUGGACUGUUCCUGAACAAUCUUGGCAGACAUGUAAAAAAACCUUUUAUAUUUUUCACUAGAAAGUGCAGGUUACUUUUUUUUGGAGAUAAUAUCCACUAAUUUUGGCCAAAAUGUGUUAUUUUCAGAUACUUUGUUGUUUGUUUCCAAACAAUACAUACUGUUCUUUAAACUUGUAAUUUUUGGUAAAUUAUUUGUCUUUGUUUUAUCUAUACAUAUGUAAAAAAUAUUUAAAUAGAUGUACCUGUUUUGCUUUCACAUUUAAUAAAAAUCUUUUUUUGUAGUUGA